UUGUCCUAUCCCUUCAAUUGAAAACAUAUACCAUCGGGUUCAGCCUCACUCUCUGCACUGAAAACUCAUCUUCAUAACCGUAACCCACAACGGAAGGAAACCCACCACAGCCAUGAGCCGCGCCUUCGAAGGCAACCCCCCCGCAAGAGACCAAGAUGACCACGACGCCGACUCGGAUGCUCUCUUCGACGCGCUAGAGAACGAAGAUGACACAGCCUACCGAGCGCACCGCAUCGAGCAACUCAAUGCGGAAUUCGCCUCAGCCCAGAACAACAAGAACAACAACGACAGCCGCACCCGCGAUCACACUAUCCUCGAGGACAGUCUGUACCCCACGAUCUCCAGCGAUCAAGCCUUACUAGACUUCACCACGCAGACCCAUCGAUGCGUGAUUCACUUCGCGCAUCCGGAUUUUGCGCGCUGCGGCACGAUGGACGAGCAUAUUCGAGCGCUUGCAACCCGGCACCAUGAGGUGCGUUUUGCUCGGGUAGAUGUGCGGAAUACACCGUUUGUGGUGGAGCGGCUGAAGAUCCGGGUUCUACCAUGCGUGAUUGGGUUUAAGGAUGGGGUUGGGGUUGAGCGCGUGACUGGGUUUGAGGGGCUGGGGUCGGGUGGUCGGGAUGGAACAGAUGGGUUUAGCACCGCUACGUUGGAGAAGAGGUUGAUUUGGAAGGGGAUUCUUGCUCAGGAGAAGUUCCGGGCUGGUGAUGGGGCGACUGAUGGGUCAGAGGAUGAUGAUAGUGAUGAUGGAGAGCGCAGGGAUCGGGGGAAGCGCUCAAUUCGAACGGGAAACGCGAGGAGUUAUAGGCAUGCUGAUGACGAUGAUGACGACUGGGAUUGAAAAUCGAGUGGCUUUCCCGGAUAGCCUGCCAUAAUUGCAGAAAGAUGUCCUGCCAUCUUGGGGGAUGCAUGGUUACCUUGAUGAGACAAGGCGGGAUUGCGAUAACGGCGCUGGGGACUAGUAGCUCCUUGCUUGGCUGUAGUCAUUGAUGUUGGUGUGUAACCAAUCUGCAUCUGCAGCAGUGAUUGUGGCAACUGAGCAGGUCGCGCCGUAAGUUCGGGUGAUGGACUACCCAGGUUUGGAGUAUGCCCGGAUGCUAUUUCAAUCAAGCCCACACUCGGAAGGGGGUGAGCUAGAAACAGUUUGGCGCGAUUGGGGCUAGAAGCAUUAACCAAUGCCGGAGCGUGAUACGGGAUAUAUUAGAGUCAAUCACUCAAGUGACUACAGAGAUACAUCUUCAUACUAGUGGUCGACCAUCGUAAAGAAGUAUUACCACAUUGAAGCCGGAGGCGCGAGUCUA